GAGGAAAAUACUACAGAGAUACAUCAAUGGACGUUCCUGCAACUAACUUUAUCACUUAAAUAGCAGGCAUCACUAUAUAAGCAAUACUCAAGCCAUUUUUAUGUUUUAUGUAAAGUCAUCUUAUGUUUUAGACGUGCGUUUCAAGGGUAUCUGCAAAGGACUUAACUAUUAGAAAGAGUACAGCAUGACAGGGUGUUUAAAAUAAUGGCAUCGAUGCCAAAUCCAUGUGAAAUUGUUGCAGAUCUCGAAAAAUAUACGGUGAAAGAGGCUCCUCCAACUGUCUAUUACAUUCCUAACUUUAUCACGGAGCCUGAAGAGGAGAGUCUGCUGCAACAGGUAUACAGAGCUCCUAAACCCAAAUGGACGCAGUUAUCAGGACGGAGGCUCCAGAACUGGGGUGGAUUGCCGAAUCCCAAAGGAAUGCUUGCUGAGAAACUUCCUGAUUGGCUACUGACUUACACAGAGAAAAUAUCUAUGCUUGGAGCAUUUUCAGGAAAAACAGCCAAUCAUGUUCUUAUAAAUGAAUACAAGCCCGGAGAGGGUAUCAUGGCUCAUGAAGAUGGACCAUUGUAUCACCCCACAGUGACAACUAUCACACUGGGCUCUCAUACACUUCUGGAUUUCUACAGGCCUGUUUGUCAGAAUCAGACUGAAAUUCCUCAAACAGAAGAGAGCCGAUACAUGUUGUCACUGUUGGUACAGCGGCGAAGUUUAUUGAUUCUUCAGGAUGACAUGUACAAACACUACCUGCAUGGUAUUCAAGGAGUUGAUGAAGAUAUUUUGUCUGAGCAUGUGGUAAAUCUUUCCUCAGCGGGGGCUCAGGUUGGAGACACGGUGCCCCGGAGCACCAGAGUUUCCCUCACCAUUCGUCACGUUCCUAAAGUCGUCCGGGCCAAUUUGUUGCUUGGAAAGAAGUGACAAACUCAAGGGCUUGCCUUAACUUUAUACAAUGCAAACAGGUUAUACCUGUAAAAACUCCCAAAAUGUGUUAUUGCCACAAACAGAUGUGUCGACCAUGGAGGGUUUGAUUUUGCACACUGAAGAAUUACAUUAAUCUAAAGCAGUAGUCACCAACACUGUUCCUGAAGAUCUACCCUCCUGCCUACUUAAGAUCCAACCCUGCUUCAGCACACCUGCCUGUAAUUUUUGGGUAGGCGUGAAAAGCUUGACUAGCAGGUUCAGGUGUGUUUGAUUAGGGUUGGAGGUGAACUCUGCAGAAAGUAGAUUUCCAGGAACCGGGUUGGUGACCACUGAUCUAAAGGAUAAUCAGUGACAUUUUUCAUUUUACAAAAUUGGUAAGGAGGAAAAACAGUUCUGCAGUGCACUGUCAACACAACAUAAACCACAGAUAGUUGUAGUAUUAAAAAAUGUCACAAUUGAUGAGAGAGCUGUUGUUAAAAUUGUUUAAAAGUUAAACGUUUAUUUUCUUAAGCAAACAAGAACUUCAGUACAGUAAAGCAAUUGGCUAAAUAAAUAAAGAAAUGUGUGUUUGA